AUGUGUCCACCAAUCCCCCGAUAUCAUCAGUACCUAACACCCAAUUCUCGAUCCCCAGGUCAGGAACAGCUUUCCAAAGAGGAGAUUAAGGCCGGUGAGGUUGAGGCCUGCCAGACUGUCCAGAUGGUCGUUGUCAGCGGUGUUCUCCUCUACCUUUGUAAGUCGAAACUCCAAAGCGCCCCAAUUGAGCAACUAUGUCCCAUGAAUGCGGCAUCUAAAAUGUCCAUACUUCUUUGA